AUGAUACUAGAUAAUCAAGAAGCCGGUGGAAGCAGUGGCGACGGAUUAGUGGACGUACCAGUCAUGUACUUGACUUCGGAAAAAGACAUACAUAAGAAUCAUACAAUCGGAAGCUCAUUUAAACAUCUCAUGAUUGGUGGCAGCAGCAUAGGUGGUAACAGUGGUAAAGGGCUAGACAAGGAUAUUUUUUCAGAUGGAAAUGAAUUGGUCAAAAUCAAUACGAGUAAAGACAAAGGAAAAGCCAUCUGCGACCUGAAUGAAACUGUUUGGCGACAAGAUGAACCAGUUUCAAACACAUUUGAGACAAGUGGAGAAAUACUUAAAAAUUGUGAGCAUUCGUGGAUAUGGAAGCAAGGUUCUGGUCAUGUUUGUUGGUAUAAUCAGGAUCAUUCGUUGCCACCCGGAUUCGGAUCAAAUAACUCCAAAGAUAUCAGUCUAAGAGUUCCUAAAGAUGGGUUUUUAGGAACUGGUAUUUUCCCACAUCCUGUGCACAGAAGUAGUAUGAAUUCUCAUCACAUAGAGAUACUUAAUUUUCUAUGCAAAAAUUUGGGUGUGCAAAACUCGAAUGGAUGCAUUCUAGCUCAAGCUCCAAUAUCUGAAAAGACGUUCUUGAUGAUCAAUUUCAUAUACGGCUACAUUAAAAAACACCCAAAUAGUAAACCUCUAAUUGUGCUUCCAAAACGAAUGAUUAAUCGGGCUCAACAAUUAGAGAUACUAAAGCAAUGGGCUUUCAACAAGAGUAUUAUCUUCUUAGGCGCGAAACAGUUUUCAAAUAUAGUUGCUGAUAACAAUGGUAUAGAAGCUGCAUAUCUUUGUAGAGAUCUUCUCAUAAACAUUCCUUCACUGGUUAUUUUCGAUAGAGGAACUGACCCUAGGAAUGAGAUGAUGCGUUUUCUUAAAUUUGUUGCGCUUAUCAAGACGCCAAACAAGAUCUUACUUACUGGGACUUUAUAUCAAAACAGCAUGAAGGAGGUUUUUAAUAUUCUUGAUGUUGCCUUUCCUGAGUUUCUGAAGCACAACAAAGCUGGGGAAAAAAUCAGAAGAUUCUUGAACGUUGAUUCCAACACUGAUGGACUUCCAAUGGAUUUGAAGAUGCCCUUGUUUGAUCAACUGGAAGAUGCUUUACUUCGUCAAGAUUCAGAUCACGGCGACAAGAUUGGUUACUUAACUGAACUGAAAAUGUUGACAAACAAGGUUAUCUACAAUCACCAAGGACAGUUUCUUCUUGAAGUUCCGAGAUUGAUGGACUUUACGGUGGUCUUAAAACCGACAUCAAGCCAAAAGUCAGCAUGGGAUAUUGAAAAAAACUCUAAAGGGAAGGGUUUCAAAACAUACUCUACCUUGAGUGGAAUCACGCUUCACCCUGUGCUAUGUACUUUCUCCGACCGGGUAAAAGGUCUUCCUGCCCCAAAUGAGGAUGAGAUGGAUGAGAUUGUCAAAAGUAUUGACGUAGCAGAUGGCGUUAAAACAAAAUUCUUCAUGGGAUUAGUGAAGUUAUGCGAAUAUACGAAUGAGAAGAUUCUUGUAGUAAGCCAAUAUGUCAACCCACUGAUAUUCCUCCAAAGACUCGUGGCUAAGAUUAAAGGUUGGAAAGACGGCAAAGAAACCUUCAUGAUUAAAGGUGACACCAGCCUUUCUGUUCGUGAAGUCUCAGUUAAUCAGUUCAACAACUCACAUGAUGCCAGAAUCUUCUUUGCAUCGAUCAAAGCGUGUAAUGAGCAUAUCACUCUCACGGGUGCAACAAGGGUUUUAAUGCUCGACAUCAUCGCCAAACCUUGUAUGGCUAGACAAGCCAUAGAGCUGGCCUAUCAUCCAGGACAGCAAAAAGAAGUUUAUUCCUAUAGGUUGGUGGCUGUAGACACUUCAGAAGAAGACGAAGACAUAAUGGCAGCUCGAAAGGAGAUAAUUUCUGGAAUAUGGUUUGAUGGGAAGACCUAUCCCAUUGAUGGAAGAUUUUGUUUUCCGAGCAUUGAUGGGAACUACAGCACUGAUCACUUUCUUGGAUCUUCAUAUAUGAGGGAAGACAUCAAAACCAUAUACAAAAGGUAA